CUGCUUAUGGUAAUGUCUUGAGAAUGAGAUCCUAUUCACAGAAUAAAGGCAGGCAGAAUUCUGCUUUUAUAAAUCAAGACGCACUCUAUGAGAAUGCACCGACAUAUCCACCUAUUCCUGCUGAACAAUUGCCACUGGUAUGGGCCACUAAACAUGCUAAUGAUAAUGACCUGCUCAAAAAGGAAUAUGAUGAUCUACCAAAGUCUUCCAAACCUGUGACCGUUGAAGCAUCACAUAUACCUGAGAAUAAAAUCAAAAACAGAUAUAUCAAUAUCCUUGCCUAUGACCAGACAAGAGUGAAACUAACUCCGAUUGAAGAUGAUCCAUACUCUGAUUACAUUAAUGCUUGUUAUGUCGAUGGUUACAAGAGUCAUAACAAGUUUAUUGCUGCACAAGGACCAAAAGAAGAAACUGUGAAUGACUUCUGGAGAAUGAUCUGGGAACAGAAAUCAUUAACUAUUGUCAUGGUAACCAAGUGUGCUGAAUCAAACAGGGAAAAAUGCUCCCAGUACUGGCCUGAUGACUGCACUACUGAGUAUGGGGACAUUAAAGUUACACCAUUAUUGAAGGAGACUAUAAAACUUGCUGAUUAUGAUAUCCGAUCGUUUAGUGUCUGUCAUUUAUCCGAUGAAGAAGACACUAGGACAAUUAUUCAGUUGCAUUACACCAGUUGGCCUGACUUUGGAGCACCUAAGUCACCUAUUGGUAUGCUGAAUUUCAUUAAGAGAGCUCGAAUUAUUGACCAACAGCAUCCAUCUAAACCUGGUCCUAUGUUAGUACAUUGCAGUGCUGGUGUUGGUCGUACAGGUACUUUUAUUGUCUUGGAUGCAAUGAUGGACCAGAUGGCUGCUGAAGCCAAAGUUGAUAUCUUUGGAUUUAUUUCCCAGAUAAGAGGACAGAGAAAUCUUCUUGUACAAGCUGAUGUGCAGUAUAUCUUUAUUUACCAAGCUUUGGUGGAACAUUAUUUGUAUGGUAACACUGAGAUAGAUGUUAAUAAUAUGCUGAUUCAUUGGGGUAAAUUACAUAAUAGAGUACCAGGUACAGACAAGACUGGUUUGGAAAUUGAAUAUCAGAAAUUGAUGGAAAUCCCGAUUGAGAAUGUUGUUGUGAAGGAUGCUCACUCUGAACACAAUAGAUUGAAGAAUAGACUUGUCAAUGUUGUUCCAUAUGAUGGAAAUCGUUUUCGUCUGAUUCGUCUGCUUGGCAGAGAACACUCUGAUUACAUCAAUGCUUCCAACAUCGAUGGUUACAGACAGAAGGGUGCUUACGUAGUGACACAAGGUCCUCUCAAAGAUACAGUAGAGGAUUUCUGGAGAUUAGUUUGGGAAUCCAGAACUGGAUCUAUUGUCAUGCUUUGUCAUCUGCAGGAGAAUGGUCUGGAAAAGUGUACCCAAUACUGGCCUGAGGAUGAUGAGACUGCCACCUAUGGAGAUAUUGCUGUACAGUUGAAGAGAAAUGAAGACUAUUCCAUAUAUACAAUUAAAACAUUGCUUGCAACUGACACCAAGGGCGGAGAAUCACGUACUAUUCGUCAUUUUCACUAUACUGCAUGGCCUGAGAUUGGGGCUCCAGAAAGUGGAACUGGAAUGAUUGAAAUGAUGGGUCAAAUACAGAAACAGCAACAGAAUACUGGAAACUUACCCAUUCUUGUACAUUGCAGUGCUGGUUCAGGACGAAGUGGUGCUUUUUGUGCAUUGAAUACAGUCAUAGAGCGGAUCAAAACAGAGGGAAUAGUUGAUGUCUUCCAGACAUACAAAUCAUUGAGAGAACAAAGACCACAAAUUGUGCAAAGUGUUGACCAGUAUAACUUUGUAUACAAGGCAGUUAUUGAUUACUUGGGAUCAUUUGAUAACUACGACAACUUCAAAUAAGUGCUUACAAUAAACAUCUUCAGUACUUAUAGAAAUUAAACUGGUUGAAUUUCAGAACUUUUGUAUAAUCAAGAAGAAAAGUUAUGUUUUAAAUUUUGUAUAGAUUGCAAUGAAUUAUACAUCUGCUUACAUUUUUGUAUAUUUUCAUAAAUCUAUUUUCAUAAAUAAUAUUCAAAUGACUAGCGCUUACUAAUUCUUAAUGUUUUAAUGUAAUAGUUUUCAAAUGUUCAUGUUGUAUGUCAGAGAUGCAUUAAUUAUUCAAGAAAAUCUGAUCGUUUACCUUUUGCAAAAUAUUUACAUUAUCAAUUUUAUGUAAUUUUGAUAGACUAUAUUAUUUUAUACAGGACUGCUUUAGAUAAAAUCGUGGCAAUAACCAAAAAAUAUUAACUGACAUUUAGUGAAGGCUGAAACAGGCUGCAUACUUUACAACAUUACUGUUUUUUCGUUGUUUUUUCUAGAUUAAUUUUAGAAAUAAUACUUUAUUUUUCUACGUGUAGAAUGACAUUAUAUGAAAAGCUUUUCUAAUA